AUGGCCUGGGAAGAGGCAGAGCAAAUUCUGGACAGAGAGAAACAAGUUGGAGAAAGGAAGAAAUGGUCUCACAAAAAGGAGAAACAUGUUAAGGAAGAGGAGGAAGAGGCCUGGAAACUGAGGGAAUUGGCCCAGGAUCAUUUAUUUAGAGAAGAGGAAGGACUGUCUGGGGAAGAGAGAAAACAGGUAUUAGAAAGGAAGAGCUUGGCAGAGCAAGAGAAUAUAUUGGCCCAAAAAAGAAAGGAAUCGUUGGGAAAAGAGGAAAAACAGGUCCAUAAAAAGAAAAAAAUCCAAGAAAGGAAAAAACAAGUUGAGGAACAGGAUAAAAAGGAACAGGCUAAGAAAGAGGAGAAAGAGGACAAUAAACAGGUAGCCUGGAAAAGAAAGAAAGUGGUCCCAGAAGAGGAGAAAACAAUGGAAAAAAUUGAGAAAGGAUCCCCAGAAGAAGAGAAAGAGGCCAUGGAAAAAGAGAUUGGGAAAGAUGAAAAAGAAAUUGAGGAAAGAAAACAAUGGACCUGGGAAAAAGAGAAACUAGCCCCAGAAGAGAGAAUAUGGAGUGAAGAAGAUGAGAAAUGGUCCCAGAAAGAAGAGAAAGAGGUUGAGGGAAAACCACAACAGGCCUGGGAAGAAGAAUUGUCCCUAGAAGGGGAUGAACAGGCUGGUGAAAUGGAGAAAUACUUGCAGGAAAAAGAGGAAGAGGCCAAGGAAAAAGAGGAAAAGGGAUUGGAAAAGGGACUGACCCCAAAAGAUAGUGAAAUGGACACAGAAGAGAGUCAUAUUGCUGAGAAAGAAAAGGCAAUAGCCAAGGAAGAAGUGGAUAAAUUGUCCCAGGAAGAAAGGAAAUUGGCCUAUGACAUUAGGGUCAAGGAGAGUGAUACUGCCAAGGAAACAAAGAAAAUAACUGAAGAAGAAAGAAUACAGGCAAUGAAGAAACUGGAUAUGGAAAAACAGAUUAGUUCUGAAGAGAAAGAGGCUGAACUGUUUAGGAUCCCAGCUGAAGUAAUUAGAGAAGUGGGUAUAGUGCCUUUGGAAGAGAUAGAAAUAACUGAGGGUGAGGAAGAGAAGAAGCUCCUUAGCGAAGAGGAGGAGGAGAGCCUGAGUGAAGAGGAGGAGAGCCUGAGUGAGGAAGAGAAAGAGGUCCUUAGUGAGGAGGAGAAGGAGGAGAGCCUGAGUGAGGAAGAGAAGGAGCUCCUUA